AUGGCUCGAUGUAAUAUCUACAAUUACGUAACAGCGUACGUACACCUCAAGCCUGGGGAUAUGCAUGUAGCUCAAGUAGGCUUUGUCAAGGGGCGAAACGUGGUAUCAACAAUUGCCAAGAACACAUCUUGCAACAAUGGAUGGCUUCGUCUGGUAGUCCAGAUGAUAUUUGGCACCCUCAUAGUGUCAAGUUUUAUUCUCAUAAUGCUGAUGGUUUUUGGGAAACCCGGCCGGAGACCAGGGCCUUCGUCGCGGUGCUCUGUUACAAAUUGCCGAGUUAUAUGCAAUAACGUCCCUUACUAUGGAGAUUAUGAAGAAGACAUCAUAAAUGCCGCUUCGGAAGCAGAUGCACACUGUGAAAGCAUAGUUUUAAAGUUAAUUGGACCUACAUUUAAGAAUUUUCAAAUACCACAGAGCUGGCUUUGGAGCAUGAGCUCCAAUGUUCGGGAACUAGCAAUUGUAGGCGGAAAUAUGAAACAAAUAGCACCCGAUGCAUUUAUGAGUCCGUUUGGUGGAAACAUUAGGAUUCUUAUAAUGGAAGAAAUAGAAAUUAACGUUUGGGAAAAGGAUAUGCUAGUAGGACUUUCAAAUUUGGAAAAGUUGCUUCUUAUCGAUUGUAUACUCUCCGAUAUACGAAAAGGUGCUUUAGCACCAGUUGACGACAGUUUGCAGUUCUUGGAUAUAAAAUCGUCCAAUAUUUGGGACCCCGCCAAUAUCACAGGCUCUACAAGACUCUUGACACUGAAUGAAGUAGAUUUUUCGUCAAACAAUUUUCGUAAUAAUCUUGGUAACGCAAGUUUUUCAAAGCUAAGAGCAUGCAAAGUUUUAUUUUUAAAUUCUUGUCAAAUUGUUUCACUGGAAGCUGGAACUUUUGAUUAUUUGGAGAACAUACAACAUCUAUAUCUGAACGAUAAUUUAUUUGUCACCCUCCCUGUUGGGUUAUUUGAUAGGAUUCUGCCACAUCAACCAAGGAUCACCUUACAUGAUAAUUUAUGGCAUUGUGAUUGUUCCAGGGAAGAUCUAAGAAAUAUUAUCCGUGCAGAAGUAUUAAUUGUUGAUCCCGUUUGUCACUCUCCAGUUGCGGUGGCCGGUAUGGCGUUUUCAGAUUUUGAAGGAUACUGUAAAAUCAAUUAUAAUAAUGAUGAAAAUAUUUCAAAAAAACUGGAUAUUGUAAAGACACAACCGCGUGUUAAAAAUAACUCAGAAAUUAUAUAUAUGAACGGUGCUUGUGAUGGAAAUGUUUCAGCAAAAAAUAGCACUUUACAAUUUAAAGCGACCCCUGAACUUCCAAGAUGCUUAUUGAAUAGAAUGAACAGACAAGAUUUUAAAUUAUUCUCGUAUAAAACUGAGAGAGGACUUGUUUCAACAAAUGGUAACUGGAUAAAACCCGUGUUUUUUGUUCAAAAUAACCCAUACUCGAUGGUUGAAAUAGCUUCAUCGGCUUUGCCAGGUUUUGGUUUACUUUGGUAUCAGUCAUCAUGUGCACACAUGGUUUACUGUGUUAAUACUGUACCACAUAUAUUGAAAGUAUUUAACGUAGAGUUGGAAAACUACUUAACAUUUUGUCCGUUCAAUUUAUCUUCCGGCACUGUGAAACAUUCUUUCUGCGUGUCUUAUAAUUUAGCGAGAAUGGCAACGAAUAGUAAUUAUACAUUUAAUUAUCAUGAACUUAUUUGGUUCGUUUGCUUAUCUGUUGGUUGCCUUACGUGUGGAGCCAUUUGUGUAUAUGGUAUGAUCCAAAGAAACCCCACUCUUUUAAAAGGCAGCAAAAGAGUUUUGGUCGUUAAGCAUAGAUCUGUCGAAGCACUUAUUCUUCCACCGAAGUUGCCUAUGAGGAAAAUGAAUAGUGUAUCAAGUGUCGCAACAGAACAUAAUAUAUUUGAUAAAAAGAAAAUAUUCGUUUUACCACACAAACCAGAUGCAUUAACGUGUCAUGACCUUACUCGUUCUAUUUCAAUGAAAAGCAAUGAGAGUAAUGAUGCAAGUUACAUAUCAGCUUUACAACCUACUGAAGAACAACUCACUGAAUGGCGGACUAAUAAACUUUUAAAGCAAUUGGAUAAAACACCUUCAUCUGACUUGAGCAUGAUCCCAUAUACCAGUAUGUACGGGCGAGAGUCGUUUCCUUAUUAUUCCUGUGAUAACGAAGAGAGAAUUUACGAAGUUCCCAAACAAUAUUGAAUUGAAUACCAAUAAGUGCGGCUUUUCUAUAUCUUCUUUCCAGGUAUAUGCAAAAUAGCUUAAUUUUCGUACGUAAUAAGAAAAAAUAAGCUAUUUCGACAGCAUUUAAAUAACCAUAGUUUGCGUUUCAACUCUUUGCGAAAGUUAUUAUCGUAUUUCAACUGUCAUAAAUCAUAACGAGGAAGCUCCGGGACCAUUUAUUCUGGUCGCACGCGUCGAGCAAGUCGGUCAACCAUACGAGUCCGCCGGCGCCCUUACAGCGAAUCGAUUCUAUACAGCUGUUUCUAAUGAGGUCCGCCAGCGUAGAUUCUCUGCAUUGUCUUUGCCAAUCGACGACCGUUCUAUUUUGAUUGUACACUGAAAAUCGACUGUAUCCUUUCUUAGAGCAAUCACUAGGCAUUAUCGAGUCACAUGCAUCUCUUGGCACUUGUCUGUAAUUUGUUUGAUUGUUUUAAUGUAUUACCAUACUGUAUUCUAUUUAAUCGAUGUCGGAAAUAUCCUUUUAAUUCGCAAUAAAUAAUUUUGAUUAA